AUACCAAACCUGCCAAUGACCCGAUCAAGAACUCGUUUCCUCCACAACAAGUUUAAUGCCUUUGUCGAGAAGCUACUUGACGUUACGUAUCAUGCGGCUAGCGACUUCGAAUAUCCAGAGCUCGACACCAAGAAUGACUUCCCGAACAAGAUAGAAGAAGGACAAGACAAGCUACUCGUAUUGGUUGAGGAAGCUGAAGCAAGAGACCAUCAAGACCAUUUGUUCUCGUCAUUCCAUGGACCAUGGCCUAUGAUCAUAGCUCAAGCCGGUUGUACCGUCACCACUAUCACGAGCUCUUAAGCCAAGUAAGUGUUUCAAUCAAUUUAUUUUAUUUCU